GGGGCGUGGGCGCGGGCGCGAGCGCAGCGAAGGAACGAGCUGGGAGCCCAGUGGGGCCCGAGAGACCACAAGAGCCUAGCGCCGCCCGCUAGCCGGGGACAGGGAGGGCAGUAGUGGGCCGCCGCCCGCAGGACCAUCCGGCGCGCUUGUGUGCGCCCUCGCCCCUCCGGCCCAGCGCAGAAGGCCUCCGCUCGGGCGCAGCAGGCAGCCGGCGGGCAGGCAUGCCGCCGCUCCUGGCGCCCCUGCUCUGCCUGGCGCUGCUGCCCGCACUCGGCGCACGAGGCCUGCGAUGCUCCCAGCCCAGUGAGACCUGCUUGAAUGGCGGGAAGUGUGAAGUGGUCAAUGGCACAGAGGCCUGUGUCUGCAACGGGGCCUUUGUGGGCCUGCGAUGCCAGGACCCCAGCCCAUGCCUCAGCUCCCCCUGCAAGAAUGCCGGGACCUGCCAUGUGGUGGACCGCAGAGGCGUGGCAGACUACACCUGCAGCUGCCUCCUGGGCUUCUCCGGGCCGCUCUGCCUGACACCCCUGAACAAUGCCUGCCUCACCAACCCCUGCCGCAACGGGGGCACCUGUGACCUGGUCACGCUCACAGAGUACAAGUGUCGCUGCCCCCCGGGCUGGUCAGGGAAGUCGUGCCAGCAGGCUGACCCAUGCGCCUCUAAUCCCUGUGCCAAUGGUGGCCAGUGCCUGCCCUUCGAGGCCUCGUACAUUUGCCAUUGCCCCGCCACCUUCCACGGCCCCACCUGCAGGCAAGAUGUCAACGAGUGCAGCCAGAACCCCGGGCUCUGCCGCCACGGGGGCACCUGCCACAACGAGGUCGGCUCCUACCGCUGUGCCUGCCGCGCCACGCACACUGGCCCCAACUGCGAGCUACCCUACGUGCCCUGCAGCCCCUCACCUUGCCAGAAUGGGGGCACCUGCCGCCCCACAGGGGAUGUCACCCACGAGUGUGCCUGCCUGCCAGGCUUCACAGGCCAGAACUGCGAAGAAAAUAUUGACGACUGUCCAGGAAACAACUGCAAGAAUGGGGGCGCCUGUGUGGAUGGCGUGAACACCUACAACUGCCGAUGCCCGCCAGAGUGGACAGGUCAGUACUGCACAGAAGAUGUGGACGAGUGCCAGCUCAUGCCCAACGCCUGUCAGAAUGGCGGGACCUGCCACAACACUCAUGGCAGCUACAACUGCGUGUGCGUCAACGGCUGGACCGGGGAGGACUGCAGCGAGAACAUCGACGACUGUGCCAGUGCCGCCUGCUUCCAUGGCGCCACCUGCCAUGACCGCGUGGCCUCCUUCUACUGCGAGUGUCCCCACGGCCGCACAGGCCUGCUAUGCCACCUCAACGAUGCUUGCAUCAGCAAUCCCUGUAACGAGGGCUCCAACUGUGACACCAACCCUGUCAACGGCAAGGCCAUCUGUACCUGCCCCUCGGGGUACACAGGCCCAGCCUGCAGCCAGGAUGUGGAUGAGUGCUCACUGGGUGCCAACCCCUGUGAGCACGCGGGCAAGUGCCUCAACACACUGGGGUCUUUCGAGUGCCAGUGUCUGCAGGGCUACACGGGCCCCCGCUGUGAGAUCGAUGUCAACGAGUGCGUGUCCAACCCCUGCCAGAAUGACGCCACCUGCUUGGACCAGAUCGGGGAGUUCCAGUGCAUCUGCAUGCCAGGCUACGAGGGUGUGCACUGUGAGGUCAACACAGACGAGUGUGCCAGCAGCCCUUGCCUGCACGGUGGCCGCUGCCUGGACAAGAUCAACGAGUUCCAGUGCGCAUGUCCUACAGGUUUCACUGGGCACCUGUGUCAGUAUGAUGUGGACGAGUGUGCGAGCACGCCCUGUAGGAAUGGGGCCAAGUGCCUAGACGGGCCCAACGCUUACGUCUGCGUGUGUGCUGAAGGAUACACAGGGACUCACUGCGAAGUGGACAUAGAUGAGUGUGACCCUGACCCCUGUCACUAUGGCUCAUGCAAGGACGGUGUCGCCACCUUCACCUGCCUCUGCCGGCCGGGCUACACAGGCCACCACUGUGAGACCAAUGUCAACGAGUGCUAUAGCCAGCCCUGCCGCCAUGGCGGCACCUGCCAGGACCGAGACAACUCCUACCUCUGUUUCUGCCUCAAGGGGACCACAGGACCCAACUGUGAGAUCAACCUGGAUGACUGUGCUAGCAGCCCCUGCGAGGCAGGCACCUGUGUGGACAAGAUCGACGGCUAUGAGUGUGUCUGCGAGCCAGGCUACACAGGGAGCGUGUGCAACAUCGACAUUGACGAGUGUGCAGGCAGCCCCUGCCACAACGGGGGCACCUGUGAGGACGGUGUCAAUGGCUUUACCUGCCGCUGCCCCGAUGGCUACCAUGACCCCACGUGCCUGUCCGAGGUCAACGAGUGUAACAGCAACCCCUGUAUCCACGGGACCUGCCGGGACAGCCUCAAUGGGUACAAGUGUGACUGUGACCCUGGGUGGAGUGGAGCAAACUGUGAUGUCAACAACAAUGAGUGUGAGUCGAAUCCUUGUGUUAAUGGUGGCACCUGCAAAGACAUGACCAGCGGCUACGUGUGCACAUGCCGAGAAGGCUUCAGUGGCCCCAACUGCCAGACCAAUAUCAACGAGUGUGCGUCCAACCCGUGUCUGAACCAGGGCACGUGCAUUGAUGGCGUUGCUGGGUACAGGUGCAACUGCUUGCUGCCCUACACAGGAGCCACCUGUGAGGCAGUCUUGGCCCCGUGUGCUCCCAGCCCCUGCAGAAACAGUGGGGAGUGCAGGGAAUCUGAGGACUUUGAGAGCUUCUCCUGCAUCUGCCCCACUGGCUGGCAAGGACAGACCUGUGAGAUCGACGUCAAUGAGUGUGUGAAGAGCCCGUGCCAGCAUGGCGCAUCCUGCCAGAACACCAACGGCAGCUACCGCUGCCAUUGCCAGGCAGGCUACACUGGACCCCACUGCGAGGCUGACCUCGACGACUGCCAGCCCAACCCAUGUCACAACGGUGGCUCCUGUACAGACGGUGUCAACACGGCCUUCUGCGACUGCCUGCCUGGCUUCCAGGGCGCCUUCUGUGAGGAGGACAUCAACGAGUGUGCCAGCAACCCCUGCCGCAACGGUGCCAACUGCACGGACUGUGUGGACAGCUACACGUGCACCUGCCCCACAGGCUUCAGCGGGAUCCACUGUGAGAACAACACGCCUGACUGCACAGAGAGCUCCUGCUUCAAUGGUGGCACCUGUGUGGAUGGCAUCAACUCUUUCACCUGCCUGUGUCCAUCUGGCUUCACGGGCAGCUACUGCCAGCAUGACAUCAAUGAGUGUGACUCCCGGCCCUGCCUGCAUGGAGGCACCUGCCAGGACAGCUGUGGCACUUACAAGUGCACCUGCCCCCAGGGCUACACUGGACUCAACUGCCAGAACCUCGUGCGCUGGUGUGACUCCUCGCCCUGCAAGAAUGGCGGCAAAUGUUGGCAGACCCACACCUCGUACCGCUGCGAGUGCCCCAGUGGCUGGACUGGCCUUUACUGCGAUGUGCCCAGCGUUUCUUGCGAGGUGGCUGCACGGCAGCGAGGUGUUGACAUUGCCCACCUAUGCCAGCAUGGAGGCCUCUGUGUGAACGAGGGCAACACACAUCACUGCCGCUGCCAGGCAGGGUACACAGGCAGCUACUGCGAGGACCUGGUAGACGAGUGCCUGCCCAGCCCCUGCCAGAAUGGGGCUACCUGUACAGACUACCUGGGUGGCUACUCCUGCAAGUGUGUGGCUGGCUACCACGGGGUGAACUGCUCUGAGGAGGUCAACGAGUGUCUGUCACACCCCUGCCAGAAUGGGGGCACUUGCCUCGACCUCAUCAACACCUACAAGUGCUCCUGCCCCCGGGGCACACAGGGGGUACACUGUGAGAUCAAUGUGGACGACUGCAGCCCCCCUGUUGACCCCGUCUCACGGAGCCCUAAGUGCUUCAACAACGGCACCUGUGUGGACCAGGUGGGCGGCUAUAGCUGCACCUGCCCUCCAGGCUUCGUGGGUGAGCGCUGCGAGGGAGAUGUCAAUGAGUGCUUAUCCAACCCUUGUGAUGCCCGCGGCACCCAGAACUGCGUGCAGCGUGUCAACGACUUCCACUGCGAGUGCCGUGCCGGCCACACUGGGCGCCGCUGCGAGUCGGUCAUCAAUGGCUGCAGAGGCAAGCCCUGCCAGAAUGGGGGCACCUGCGCGGUGGCUUCCAACACCGCCCGCGGGUUCAUCUGCAGAUGCCCUGCGGGCUUCGAGGGUGCCACGUGUGAGAACGAUGCACGUGCCUGUGGCGGCCUGCGCUGCCUGCAUGGCGGCACAUGCAUCUCGGGCCCGAGGAGCCCCACCUGCCUGUGUCUGGGCCCCUUCACUGGCCCUGAGUGCCAGUUCCCGGCCAGCAGUCCCUGCCUGAAUGGCAACCCCUGCUACAACCAGGGCAGCUGCGAGCCCAUCCCCGAGAGCCCCUUCUACCGCUGCCUGUGCCCUGCCAAGUUCAACGGGCUCUUGUGUCACAUCCUGGACUACAGCUUCGGGGGUGGCGCUGGGCGUGACAUCCCCCCACCACAGAUCGAGGAGGCCUGCAAGCUCCCUGAAUGCCAGGAGGAUGCCGGUGACAAGGUCUGCAACCCGCAAUGCAACAACCACGCAUGCGGCUGGGACGGCGGCGACUGCUCCCUUAACUUCAACGACCCCUGGAAGAACUGCACGCAGUCGCUGCAAUGCUGGCUGUACUUCAGUGAUGGCCGCUGCGACCCCCAGUGCAACUCGGCCGGCUGCCUCUUUGAUGGCUUCGACUGCCAGCGUGCAGAGGGCCAGUGCAACCCCCUGUACGACCAAUACUGCAAGGACCAUUUCAGCGACGGGCACUGCGACCAGGGUUGCAACAGCGCUGAGUGCGAGUGGGACGGGCUGGACUGCGCGGAGCAUGUGCCCGAGCGCCUAGCGGCUGGCACGCUGGUCGUGGUGGUGCUCACGCCGCCAGAGCAGCUGCGUAACAACUCUCUGCAUUUCCUGCGGGAGCUCAGCCGAGUGCUGCACACCAACGUGGUCUUCAAGCGGGACGCCCAUGGCCGGCUCAUGAUCUUCCCCUACUAUGGCCGUGAGGAGGAACUGCGCAAGCACCCCGUAAAGCGUGCGGCCGGGGGCUGGGCCGCCCCCAGCACCCUACUUGGCCAGGCGACUGCCUCACUGUUCCCCGGAGGUGGGGGUGUGCGCCGGCGCAGGGAGCUGGACCCCAUGGACAUCCGCGGGUCCAUUGUCUACCUGGAGAUUGACAACCGGCAGUGUGUCCAGUCCUCCUCGCAGUGUUUCCAGAGUGCCACCGAUGUGGCUGCGUUCCUGGGGGCGCUCGCCUCGCUGGGCAGCCUCAACAUCCCCUAUAAGAUCGAGGCCGUGCAGAGUGAGACCGUGGAGCCGCCGGCGCCCGCGCAGCUGCAUUUGAUGUACGUAGUGGCGGCCGCCUUUGUGCUCCUCUUCUUCGUGGGUUGUGGGGUACUGCUGUCCCGGAAGCGGCGACGGCAGCAUGGCCAGCUCUGGUUCCCUGAGGGCUUCAAGGUGUCUGAGGCCAGCAAGAAGAAGCGGCGAGAGCCCCUGGGCGAGGACUCUGUGGGCUUGAAGCCCCUGAAGAACACCUCCGACAGGGCCCUCAUGGAUGACAACCAGAACGAGUGGGGAGAUGAGGACCUGGAGACGAGGAAGUUCCGGUUCGAGGAGCCAGUGGCUCUCCCUGAGCUGGAUGACCAGACAGACCACCGGCAGUGGACUCAGCAGCACCUGGAUGCGGCCGACCUGCGUGUGUCUGCCAUGGCCCCCACACCGCCCCAGGGCGAGGCCCACACGGACUGCAUGGACGUGAACGUCCGCGGGCCGGAUGGCUUCACGCCACUCAUGAUCGCCUCCUGCAGUGGGGGCGGCCUGGAGACGGGCAACAGCGAGGAGGAGGAGGAUGCACCGGCUGUCAUCUCGGACUUCAUCUACCAGGGGGCCAGUCUACACAACCAGACUGACCGCACCGGCGAGACUGCCUUGCACCUGGCCGCCCGCUACUCACGCUCCGAUGCUGCCAAGCGCCUACUGGAGGCCAGCGCCGACGCCAACAUCCAGGACAACAUGGGGCGUACCCCACUGCACGCUGCCGUGUCUGCGGAUGCACAGGGUGUUUUCCAGAUCCUGAUCAGGAACCGGGCAACAGACCUGGAUGCGCGCAUGCAUGAUGGCACAACACCGCUGAUCCUGGCCGCCCGCCUGGCCGUGGAGGGCAUGCUGGAAGACCUCAUCAACUCACACGCCGACGUCAAUGCCGUGGAUGACCUGGGCAAGUCAGCACUGCACUGGGCUGCCGCUGUGAACAAUGUGGACGCUGCCAUUGUGCUCCUGAAGAAUGGGGCCAACAAGGACAUGCAGAACAACAAGGAGGAGACUCCUCUGUUCCUGGCUGCCCGAGAGGGCAGCUACGAGACCGCCAAGGUCCUUCUGGACCAUUUUGCCAAUCGAGACAUCACCGACCACAUGGACCGCCUACCGCGGGAUAUUGCGCAGGAGCGGAUGCACCAUGACAUCGUGCGGCUGCUGGAUGAGCACAACCUGGUGCGCAGCCCCCCGCUGCAUGGCGCCGGCCUGGGGCCCGCCCCAACCCUCUCACCCCCGCUGUGCUCACCCAAUGGCUACCUGGGCAACCUCAAGCCCUCCAUGCAGGGCAAGAAGGCCCGGAAGCCCAGCACCAAAGGUCUGGUCUGUGGUGGCAAAGAGGCCAAGGACCUCAAGGCACGGAGGAAGAAGUCUCAGGACGGCAAGGGCUGCCUGCUGGACAGCUCCAGCAUGCUGUCACCUGUGGACUCCCUGGAGUCACCCCAUGGCUACUUGUCAGAUGUGGCCUCACCGCCCCUCCUGCCCUCUCCGUUCCAGCAGUCUCCAUCCAUGCCUCUCAACCACCUGCCUGGCAUGCCAGACACCCACUUGGGUGUUGGCCACCUGAACGUGGCAGCCAAGCCAGAGAUGGCAGCUCUAGGUACAGGCGGCCGGCUGGCCUUUGAGGCUGGCCCCCCACGCCUCUCACACCUGCCUGUGGCCUCUGGUACCAGCUCGAUCCUGGGCUCCGCCAACAGUGGAGGGGCCAUGAAUUUCAGUGUGGGUGGGGCUGCCAGCUUGAAUGGCCAGUGCGAGUGGCUGUCCAGGCUGCAGAACGGCAUGGUGCCCAGCCAGUACAACCCACUGCGAGGGAGUGUGGCGCCCAGCACCCUAAGCGCACAGGGCCCCAGCCUCCAGCACAGCCUGAUGGGCCCACUGCCCAGCGGCCUGGCCGCCAACACCCUGACCCAGAUGAUGAGCUACCAGGGUCUGCCCAGCACGCGGCUGGCCACCCAGCCCCACCUGGGGCAGACCCCACAAGUGCAGCAGCAGAACUUACAGAUGCAGCAGCAGAACCUGCAACCGCCAAACAUCCAGCAGCAGCAGCAGAACCUGCAGCCACAUCUUGGGGUGGGCUCAGCGGCCGGCAGCCACCUGGGCCGGAGCUUCCUGGGUGGGGAGCCGAGCCAGGCAGACGUGCAGUCACUGGGCCCUGGCAGCCUGACAGUGCACACUGUCCUGCCCCCGGAGGGCCUGGCCCCACCCACUUCACUGCCGUCCUCCCUGGCCCCGCCCAUGACCACAGCGCAGUUUCUGACGCCCCCCUCACAGCAUAGCUAUUCCUCCUCGCCCGUGGACAACACCCCCAGCCACCAGCUGCAGGUGCCUGAGCACCCUUUCCUCACUCCGUCCCCUGAGUCCCCUGACCAGUGGUCCAGCUCAUCCCCGCAUUCCAACGUCUCCGACUGGUCUGAGGGUGUUUCUAGCCCACCCACCAGCAUGCAGUCCCAGGUCGCCCACAUUCCGGAGGCCUUCAAGUAGACAGCUGCAGGUGCGACCAGCUCCCUUUCCCAAGCCCUGCUGGGCGUCUCUAUGUGCUCUGUGGACACCGGAGCCAGUCUAAGGAGCCUUUUUAAGAAAACAUGUUUUUAUACAAAAUAAGAGAACAAGAAUUAAAAAAAAAUUUUUUUAGUAUUUAUUUAUGUACUUUUAUUUUACACAGAAACACUGCCUUUUUAUUUAUAUGUACUGUUUUGUAUGGCUCCAAGAAAAUAAACUAGUUCUUAUGAUUUUUCUAGUUAGUAUAAAGAUUCUUAUGUGUUUGUAAAAUAUAAACAAAGAUUCAUGAUUUAUAAAUGCCAUUUAUUUAUUACUUACUUUCAUAAUCCAAAAAGAAAUGAUGUUGGAGAAGGGAGGUUUGAAUAAGCAUCAGCCAAAAAGCUCCAGGGUGCCCAGCCUGCUGCCCUCCCUCCCCAGCGCCUACCUCCCCCAUGCCGGCCCAGCACCUCCCCCAGUGUCACCUGUGUUCUUCGUGAAGACACCUCCAGAGACAGACAAAAGGGGCAGAUCCACACAUUAGGCCUGUGGAUUAACUGGCAUAAAGUAGGAAACUUAAGUAAAAUGAUGGUGUUCAGAUAUUUUGGUGUUUUUCUGAUCAUGUGUUUCAAGCAUGCUUUUUAAAAUGUGUUCUUGGGGUACACCCAGAGUUCAUUCCAUGGUACCAGUCAUGAAUCUUUGUUUUGGGUUCUCUAUUACGUAGUUACCCCUUGUCCUCUAAGUAUCAUGUAUAUGAACAGCUCAGACGUGGAUCCUCAGGACGCCCGCAGGGGGAUCCUACCCUUUGCUCGGGAAAGACUCUGCCUAGGCCAGCCCUGCUGGAGGCCACAGCAUGCCAGCCUGAAGGGCAUCCUGCAGGUUCAGCAGAGCCUGGGUCCAGACUCACGGGCCCAACUACUCAGGGCUCCUGUUUCUCUAGGAGACGUGGCAGAGCGACUUACGUGGAGGUUCUAGAAAGUCAUAGGCUGUGUCCUUAGUUCUUCCAGUGGCUGCGGUCAGAGAGGCAGGGAGCCUGCUCUCAAGCACCCUGCUUAUGUGGGGGUGUGUGCUGGGAGGGGGAGCAGACCCUUGUGAUGUCAAGUAUAAGCCUGUGGCAGAAUAAAUGUCUGUAAAUAAAUUUUUAACAGUGGAUUUUGUUUAAAAAAUCUAAA